UUCCAUUUCAUCUAACUUGCACUAUCGACCCUCGCCGUCUCCCUCGUCCAUAGCGAGGGAUUCCCCCAAAGCGAAGCAAACGCCAUUAGAAAACCAGUAAGAUCCGGCGAAGAAUCAUAGCGGAAACCAAGUUCACCCGGCGAGAGCUAGGUGCGGGGAAAGGGUCCGAUGGAUCAGCAACCCCAGGGGAUUACUGAGAACUAUGCAAAUCCGAAGACAUGCUUCUUCCAUGUCCUCUUCAAGGCAGCGGCAUUGGCGUUCUACAUACUGUCUGCGCUGUUUGUGAACAACUUCGUCAUCAUCUUUGUCAUCACGGUGCUCCUCGCAGCACUCGACUUCUGGGUUGUGAAGAAUGUCAGUGGAAGGAUACUGGUCGGACUGCGGUGGUGGAAUGAGAUUAAUGACGAGGGAGAGAGCGUCUGGAAGUUUGAGUGCCUUGAUGCAGAGUCUCUGGCUAGGAUGAACAAGAAGGACUCAUGGCUGUUUUGGUGGACUCUAUAUUUGGCUGCUGCUGCAUGGAUUAUUCUUGGGAUAUUCUCGCUCAUCAGACUUCAAGCAGAUUACCUUCUUGUUAUUGGAGUUUGCUUGAGUCUCAGCAUUGCAAACAUUGUUGGGUUCACCAAAUGCAACAAAGAUGCCAAGAAGAACAUCCAGGAUUGGACUAAGAAUGCCCUUCUAUCAGGGAGCGUCAGGUCACAUCUGCAGUCAGCAUUUGGUGUCUGAACUCUGAACACCUAUGACAUAGUGUCACGUAUAGUGCUGUACAAUUUACUGAUAAGAUGAUGACACAUUUUCAUUUUGUUCAUUCUACCUAAUUAAUUGCCGUACCUAUACAUUGCUCUGCCCCCCUUGAUGCCCUUGGCAUCGUUUGGUCUUCUGUUUCCAAAGAUGAUGGUUUUGACUAUAGUUACAUGCAGAAUAGCACCUCUCGGUAGUCGGCACUCACUAGCUCCUGAAGUACUUAGAAGCUGGUUUGGCCUUCUCAUUGAUGGUGUUGUGUUGCUACUUA